CAAGAUAUCCUUCUUUCUUCUUCUUCCCUCCCUUUCUAAUAACACUGUUAGUUUGACUGAUCGUCCUCGUAUAUAGUCAAAAUUUAUCACUUGGGUAGCAGAAGCCAUGUCUAAUUCUGUCCCUCUUUUCGUUCUUUCUCUUCUUCUGGUGAUCGGAAGCUAUGAUGAUGUACAGUUCUUCGUAUACGGUGUGGUUGAUGAAUAUCGAAGAGAUGAUUUUCCGGCUGAAUUCGUUUUUGGUUCCGGCACUUCCGCUUAUCAGGUUGAAGGAGCAGUGCUGGAAGAUGGUAGGAGUUUCAGCAUUUGGGACACCUUCGCUCAUUCAGGCUACUACAAUGGAGCAAAUGGAGACGUAGCAUGUGAUGGGUACCAUAAAUACAAGGAAGACAUCAAACUCAUUGCAGAGACAGGUUUGGAAGCAUAUAGAUUUUCCAUCUCUUGGUCCAGACUCAUCCCAAAUGGAAGAGGAUCCGUGAAUGUAAAGGGCUUACAGUUCUACAACGAUUUCAUCAACAGGCUUAUCGCCCAUGGAAUACAGCCACAUGUCACAUUACAUCAUGACGAUCUACCACAGAUACUUGAAGACGAAUAUGGAGGAUGGCUUAGUAGAAAAUCAGUGAAAGACUUUGUGGCAUAUGCUGACGUUUGCUUCAGAGAAUUUGGUGAUAGGGUUUUGCACUGGACUAGUUUUAAUGAAGCCAAUGUGUUUGCUUUAGGUGGUUAUGAUAUGGGGUUUUCACCUCCUGGACGAUGUUCUUCCCCAUUUGGGUUUUUCAUUAACUGCAGCAGAGGUGACUCCACUUCUGAGCCAUACCUUGCAGCUCACCAUUUGCUUCUUGCACAUGCAUCAGCUGUAAGACUAUACCGCCAAAAAUACAAGGCCAUACAUCAUGGUUUUGUUGGAAUAAAUGUCUUGUCGUAUUGGUUUGAACCUUAUACAAACACAACAGAAGAUGUCAAAGCUACACAAAGGGCCAAUGACUUCUAUCUGGGUUGGUUUUUGAAUCCCUUGGUGAAUGGGGACUACCCAGAAAUAGUGAAGAAGAAUGCAGGAAACCGAAUUCCAGCUUUUACCAAACUUGAAUCAGAGAGAAUCAAGGGUUCAUUUGACUUCUUUGGGAUAAACCAUUAUAACAAUUUCUAUGUGAAGGAUAACCCUAGUAGUCUUGAAACCAACAUCAGGGAUGUUAAUGGAGACAUGGCAGCAACCCUUAUAUUUGCAGACAGUGGGAGUGAACCCCUGCCAACUCAGUUCCCGGUGACUCCAUCAGGUCUCCAGAACCUCCUUAACUAUCUCAAGGAAGAAUAUGGAAAUCCUCCAAUCUACAUCCAUGAAAAUGGCCAAGUACAAGCACGGAAUGGGACAUUGAUGGACAUUGCAAGGGUAGAGUACUUGCAUGCGUAUAUUGGUGCUUUGUUGGAUGCACUAAGGAAUGGAUCAAACACAAGGGGAUAUUUUGCUUGGUCCUUGUUGGAUCUGUUUGAGUUGUUGGGUGGGUAUGACAUUGGAUAUGGUCUGUAUUAUGUUGACCUUGAUGACAAGGACUUGACACGAUAUCCUAAGCUCUCUGCACAUUGGUACACCAAUUUCUUGAAAGGAAACAACGUCACUCCCAUAUUUCCAAACUUGAACCUAAUAAAACAUUCUUUUGUUUCUUCACAUUAGCUUUUUC